GAGUCCCCAGCACGCAUGCGCCGGGGCGCGCUGUCUGGCCGCAGCUGAUAGGCCCUGUCGGCGAGCCCGGGAGCCGCGCGGCGAGUGCUGCGCCGCGGCUCGAGCCGUUUCGGCGCUCGCUCGUCCCGUCAUGUCUGAGGCGUAUUUCCCCGUGGGCCCCGGGCUGGGCCCCGAGGAGAACUUCCUGUCGCUGGACGACAUCCUCAUGUCGCAGGAGAAGCUGCCGGGCCGCGCCGAGAGCAACUUGCCCCGCCUGGCCUUCGCGCUGGGCCAAGCGGCCGGCGCCGGCUCGGGCGACUCCAUCCUGGAGGGAUCAAAGCUGGAAAUACCUCUCUGGCUUGCUAAAGGCUUACAUGACAGCAAGAGAAGAAUAAUUUCCAUGGAACUGCCAAAGAUUUAUAAGGAAGCCUGGAGGACAGUGUUCAGUGCUGAUGCCAACGUGGUUGAUCUGCAUAAAAUGGGGCCAUACUACUACGGAUUUGGCUCCCAGCUCCUGAACUUUGAGAACCCAGAGAAUCCUGAGAUAGCUCAGACUAUCUUGCAGACAUUUAUUAGCCGUUUUCGUCGUAUUAUGGACUCCUCUCAGAAUGCCUACAACGAAGACACGUCAGCACUGGUGGCUCGACUGGAUGAAUUGGAGCGAGCCUUAUUUCGAGCUGGCCAGAAAGGGUUGAAUGACUUUCAGUGCUGGGAGAAGGGACAGGCUUCUCAAAUCACAGCUUCCAGUCUGGUUCAGAACUAUGGGAAGAGAAAGUUCACAGAUAUGGAUGGUUGAAAGCCUGAGGAACAUGAAGCUGCACUGGGGGACACUGAGAGAUCUACACUCUGGCACAGAAAAGAAAGAUGAGUUGCCUUUGGGAAAGGCCAGACUCCUUGCCCAUUAAUGGGAAUUUUUCUGUAUAUCAUCUUUGGAUUAGACAAGUGCAAACUUUUAAAGGCAGAUGGCAAGUGUAUUAAAAAAGUAAUAGAUUUCAUCACAGGAUAUCUUUACAGCUUACUUGUAUCACUCCUGAGGAUUUGCAGUUCUAGUGUUUCCCCUGUGGCUGAAAGAAUAUGCGAGGCUUUUCUGAAAGGGUAAUAAAUACUUAUUAGUCUUCCAAAUUCAUACUUACAGUACCAAAUCUGUAUGGGGAAAAAAGAAGUGUAAUUCCUUAUAUUUCAUCUUGCCAUUUGCAUUCCAACCUCCUGGGAAGUGCUAUUCAAUUUUCCCCAUUCUUUGGGGAACCCCAGUGAUGUGAAAAAAAAAAGUGUGGUAUAAACUGCCCUGAUAUAUAUAUCUAUAUAUAUAUAUAUAUAUUUUUCCUCAUAAAGUUAUACAUAGAGGUGUAGCAGCUACUCUUCAUUGGACUUCAGGGAUUCUGUUUGUUGUGUUUCGGCAGUUUUUGCAUGCAGUAUUAGUGCAGAGAAUAACCUCUGUUUAUCCAUGCAACAAUUGAAGUUGCCUUGCAGGUCUCAAAUACUGCCUUGUUCUCUCCCUCCCUUUUGCCUGCCCCAUCAGGGUGCCUUGAUUCUGCGCCGGAGGGGAGAGUGUUUUCAUGUGAUGUGGGCAGCUUUUGUGAUGGAGACAACUCUACAGUGGGGCCUGUGUUGAACUCCUCAGCUCAUUUUACAGAGGAGCAUCAGGAAGUAACAAUGUGUCAGUCUGGGCUGAAUCAAAAGCAGCAACUUUGAUGGAAACUGUCCCCCGUUAUUAGUCUGAGCCAUCUGUUUUCCCUUGCAAAAUUCUGAUUGUGAAAUUUGGGCUAAUAAUGAAGAGACAGAGCAAAUGAAUUGUUUCCUUCCUUCUGAUCCAUCAGUAAAACACCCUAAGUGUCAUUUCUGCCAAAGGAUGCGACUGGAAUUGGAACUUGCUAAACAGCACAGUAGUUAUUUUCCUAUAUAGAUGUAGCUGUCCUUAAGUCUAGAUUUUGUGCAAAUCUUAAUGGAUAAAUGGGAGACAGGAAGCAAUUCCUGAGGUCAACAGAAUGGUCAUUCUUUGAAAGUAAAUAUUAAACAUUUUAGGGGUGUUUUCAAAUAUCUGUAGAAGGUGGCCCUGGAGGAAUAACUUAGAAGAGGGGCUGGGGCUCAGUGGUUCUGAGCGCUCCCUCUUUGGGAAUCACUGCAAGGGCGGAGUGGACCUGAAACAAAACAUUCAGGAUUUCAUAUCCAAAUCUUUAGGAGCUGUUACUGUAACUGGAGAUGUAUUUGGAUAGCAGGUAUGUCAAACAGGGUAAAGGACCUCGAGUACAAAGCAUGCCUGGGUGUUCCUUGGAAAAGAGGAGCGAAAUUUCCCUCUCUGAAGGCUAUGGGAGAGACCCAGGUGUUGGAUCCCAAAGCACCUUGGCGUUUCUGCCUGAGGAGCACAGGGCCAGCUGUCCUGCCACAGGAGGCUCAUUGGAAGUUGUGCCUGACGAAGCUUUUCCAGUAUGUGCAAGAUCAAAUGCUGCUGCGCUUAAUGACUUAAUGGCACAUAAUAGCCUAUGCAUUUUCAUGAAGUGUUUGUGUAUUUUUCCAUUUCUGGAUUUCUUUGUGAAUAAAUAUUUUAUAAGGGGAA